AAAAUUCAAGAUUGGAUUCCUUUCUCCGAAAAUCAGUUGAUGGAGGCGGUAAUUCCACACGAAUCCGGAAAAGUAGAAUCUAUUUGUGUUAGGCUGCAGAAGCUCACAGUGUUGCGUAUUAGCGCUUAUCCCCAGGUUGAUGCCCUGGAGCGAGCCAACCAUGAAGUUGGUGAACUCGUUGGCCUCCUACAAACCACCACUCGCCUUCCGCGACUGCCUUGUUUCCGGGCUACUUGGACGGAGGCCUGGUCACAUGGCUUUGGUGCUGCUUCCGGGCCUUCCUGGACAUCAAGUCAACCUAGUGAGAUUUCCGGGGAGUAUACCAACAAUGGCGUUUCGCCUUGCUCCCCGACAGAAAGCGUGGCCUUGUUAGGCAGUACUGCUUCCUUAAGACAAGGAGGAAGUGUGCCCUCUUCUUGUGACACGAAGGCUUCUGAUGUUCCCGCAACUCGUCGUGGGUUGCAGAGAUGCUCUAUUAAAGAGGCAAUGACUGGAGGCGGCUGGAGAGCUGAAUCUAACUCUGGAUCUCCGGGACCCCCAGAUCUGGUUGAUUGGAUGGACCACGUUGCAGCCAGAUGGAGCCAGUUGAUAGCUCGGUUAUCAGAUCACGAGGUUUGUUUGAAAGCUUGCAUAAGGGAUGAUAGUACAAUGAAUAAUAGGCCUAUAGGUCUAGCUUAUGAACUUAACAACCGGAUUAUCUUGUACAAAUACUCUAGUCUACCUUUGGGAGGCAAAAAUUAG